AUGACCACCUCAAUCCGCCCCUCCACCCCCACCCGCACCACCACCCUCCUCACCAACCUCGCAACUGUAACAGCCCGCAUCAACACCGCAACCACCUCAUCUCCAAAAACCACCCCACCCCGUCUGGUCGCCGUCUCCAAACUCAAACCCGCCAGUGACAUCCUCACCCUCCACACUACCACCACCAACCCACCCACACAUCAAACCCACUUUGGCGAAAACUACCUCCAAGAACUCCAAGAGAAAGCCCGUCUCCUCCCCACCACCAUAAAAUGGCACUUCAUCGGCGGCCUGCAGAGCAAUAAAUGCGUGACUCUGGCGCGGGAUACCCCCGCGCUCUGGGCCGUCGAGAGCGUAGAUAGUACCAAGAAGGCGUCGUUGUUGGAUAAAGGGUGGGGAGAGAGGAGUGCUGAGGUGAAGGCGACGAAUCAUGAGGAGAGGUUGAGGGUGUUCGUGCAGGUGAAUACCUCUGGGGAGGAGAAUAAGAGUGGGGUUGAGCCGGGCGAUGGCGCGCUGGAAUUGUGUCGCUUUAUUAGGGAUAAGUGUCCCCGGUUGCGGUUGCAAGGGGUUAUGACUAUUGGGGCGAUUGCCAGGUCGAAGGCUACCACGCCGGAGAAUGAGAAUGAGGAUUUUGUGUGUCUGAGGGAGACCAGGGAUCGUGUGGUCAAGGAGUUGGGCUUGCUGGGGGAGGAGGCCAAGUUGGAGUUGAGUAUGGGUAUGAGUGAGGAUUUCGAGGGCGCUAUUGCUCUGGGUAGUGAUGAGGUUCGCGUUGGGACGACUAUCUUUGGGGAUAGGCCGCCCAAGGAUCAGGCCAGGGUGGUUUGAGCCCAUUAAAAGGUGUUACGAUUCACGACGUGUUCUAUAAGCAUCAUGCAUCCUUAAGGGAGGAAAAGAGAUGGGAGAGGAAGGGAAACCAAGACAGUAACUUCGACUGCUGCCUGUACAUUAAGAUGAAAGAAAAGAACAAGCGUCCCGCAUGUCCCAGGUAUAUAUGUGCGAUAU